UCUGUCCGAUUUGGAACUGUCAAGUAAAAAUAAUACACGUUCAUUACACGCAAACAAUACAAUAUGACACGAAAGUUCUGUUUCCCCUGUGAAGUAAAGUUCUCGAUUUCCAGAUAAUAAAGGAUGUGAUACACACGCGUACGAAAAAGUCUUGGAUAAAGUCGUUAUGAUAGCAGCGCCUCGUUGAUUCCAGUUGGAUCUACAGCUGUUGAUACGUACAUAAAUUGUUAGUGAAAUAAGUGUCAGUGAAAUAUUGCAUUCGGGACGAGCAGCCUUUGGGCUGAAGGUAUAAUCCACGUAAAGAUGAGAGAAGCUGGAAUAAUGUUAAUAAGCACAGCAUUAACGUGUGCUGUGAUAGGCAACGCGUAUUAUCAAAGAAAACAAUUUUACCCAACAGUAGUCCACAUAACCAAAUCCAACCCUAGUAUGACGGUAAUCUAUACACAAGGUUUAAUUCUAGUAUUUAUGAUAAAUGCUUUCCUCCGAAAGAUAUUCUUUGGUACUUUACGUGCUGCUGAACUUGAACAUUUAUUGGAAAAAGUAUGGUACGCUGUAACCGAAACUUGCCUAGCAUUCACAGUAUUUAGAGAUGAUUUUAGUCCAAAAUUCAUAGCACUGUUCACACUUCUUUUAUUUUUGAAAUCGUUUCACUGGCUGGCGGAAGAUCGCGUAGAUUAUAUGGAACGAAGUCCUGUAAUAACUUGGUUGUUUCAUCUUAGAGUUGGCACUCUGUUGAUAUUACUAUUUGCUAUAAAUUUGACUAUGAUUCACUACGCAUAUAACACAACAGCCACAAAAGGUCCUUCAGUACAACUUGUCUUUGGUUUUGAAUAUGCUAUUCUUUUAACUGUUGUAUUCAAUAUUAGUGUAAAAUACAUAUUGCAUACGAUAGAUCUACAAAGUGAAAAUCCAUGGGACAAUAAACCAGUAUUUCUAUUGUACACAGAAUUAAUAAUUGGACUGUUAAAGGUCAUUUUAUAUGUUGCUUUUGUCACUUUGAUGGUUAAAUUAUACACUUUACCUUUGUUUGCACUUCGUGCGAUGUAUUAUACAAUGAGAGAUUUUAAAAAAGCUUUCCAUGACAUUGUAAUGUCACGUCGAGCUAUCAGAAAUAUGAAUACAUUGUAUCCAGAUGCAACAGCAGAAGAAUUAGCUGCUGCCGAUAAUGUGUGCAUCAUAUGCAGGGAGGAAAUGGUAUCGGCAAGUAAAAAAUUACCAUGUAAUCAUAUUUUUCACACUGCCUGCCUUCGUUCUUGGUUCCAACGUCAACAAACAUGUCCUACAUGCCGUUUGAACAUUUUAAGACCUGUUAAUAAUAAUCAAGGAAACAGGCAACAAAACCAGGCACAAGCAGGACCACAAGUGCCUCAAGCUCCACAAGCACCAGGAUUUAAUCCAAUUGUUCAAGUACUCCCAGCAUUUUGGGCUGGAAUUCAAGCACCAGGAGCACCACCACCUUUACAACAACAACAACAACAACAACAACAACCACAGCAACAGCAGCAGCAGCAACAGCAGCAGCCACAACAGCCACAAUCUUCAGGUGCAUCAGCACAACAACAACAAGCUCAAAGCAGUGGGCCAAGUACUUCUUCAACCUCGUUUCAAAAUUUGGCAGCCAGUGGUGUACCAUUGUUUCCUCCACCAUUCCCAACUAUGGUACCAUUACCUCCUAUUCCUACGCCACCACCGAAUCUUACAGAAUUAAGCGAAGAAGAGCUUAGAGCAAUGGAAGGUAAUUUACGACAAGCUGUUGAAGCUAGAAUACAAACGUUGCAAAGAGUUCAGCUUUUAUUAGAUGCUGCCAGUGCUAUGAUGAAUCAAUAUCAAACAGCAGCUGCUACCGCUAAUAUUCCAGUGCCAACUGCGAUAAAUAACGCAAAUGUUACAACAGAUGUUCCUUCAGUGAGGAAACAAGGAACAUCUAAAAUUGCAAGCCCCGGAGUUAACGGCGAACAACCACAAGUUAAAGCUGAGAUGAAUGUUCCUAUUGAAAAUUCUUCCAUUGAUAAUGUAAAUACGUUAUCAGGCACAAAUGGUACUGAUGUAACUCCAGAAUCAUCGAUUAGAAAUGACGUGGAAUCUUCAAGUGAACAAGAAAUGCUACGAAGGCGUAGGCUACAAAAAUUUUCAGCUCAGCUUACGGCAGAAUAAAUGUUCGUGACAUUAUGUGAUAAUUUGUGUAAUAUAAUUGUACCUUUAUUAAUAACAGGCCUGGUUGCAGAUACGAUUGAUAAUUGAAAAAAAAAAAGAAAUGUAACAAUUAUGGUUAAGAGCUCGAAAUUUAAAGUUGAUACUACACUAUUAAUAAUCACAAAUGUAUCAAAUAAUCAUUUAAAGGAAAUAACAUGAUAAAUUUUUUAUGUAAAUUACUUUAGGCAAAACAUAAAUUGUAUAACUAGUCUUUGUUUCUUAACUUUGUGCGCGCAUAUAUCCUUUGUACAAUGGGUUCUUCUGGUAUAUUUCCUAAAAAAUAAUUUGUAUCGAUUAAAUUGUUUCUGUAUUCUUUAUCUAAAA